GUUAAAAUUCUUGGAGAACAGGAGCAUGUAGCGCCACCUCGAGGCAACGCUCUUCAACAAUGACGUCACAAGACUUUGUCACGGGAUCGCCAUUUUGUAGUGUUGGUAGGUUAACUUGGUGCUGCAUCUGUACUUGGGAAUAAACCAAUCUCUCUAGCGAAGUUAGUACAACUUGUAAAAUAAUGGCAUCCAGAAAGAAGGUGCUGCUUAAAGUUAUCAUUCUUGGAGACAGUGGUGUUGGAAAGACUUCUUUGAUGAAUCAAUAUGUGAAUAAAAAAUUCAGCAACCAAUACAAAGCUACAAUAGGAGCUGAUUUCCUAACAAAAGAAGUAAUGGUGGAAGACAGGCUUGUCACAAUGCAGGUAUUUGAUGUAACAGCACAAACUACUUUCAGAUCACUGGACAGUUGGAGGGAUGAAUUCCUCAUACAAGCUAGCCCUCGAGACCCUGAGCAUUUUCCUUUUGUUGUCAUAGGAAACAAAAUUGAUUUAGAGAACAGAGCGGUUUCUGCAAAAAGAGCACAAGGUUGGUGCCAUACCAAAGGAGAGAUACCUUAUUUUGAAACUAGUGCAAAAGAAGCAAUAAAUGUUGAACAGGCUUUCCAAACGGUUGCAAAGAAUGCUUUAGCCCAAGAAACAGAAGUGGAGCUGUAUAAUGAAUUUCCAGAUCAGAUUAAGAUUACAAGUGAUCAGAACAAACCUCGAGAAGGAUGUGGCUGUUAAAGAACCUUAUAACAGAAAAAGGGCUCGGUUUGAUGUGCUCUAGCCUUGUGGGUGGGCCAUUCUGACCAUUCCGAGGGACAGCUGCUGCUGCUGUUGCUGACCUCUCAAACAUUAACCACACACACACUUGUUUAGUGUGUGAACAUGUGUUAUGUAAAUGUACAUCUGUGUGAGUGUAUGAAUCUGCGUGUGUGUGUGUGCAUAUAUAUACACAUAUAUAUAUUAUACAUAUUCCUGCAUAAAUAUAUAUAUGCGUGUGUAUUAAAAAAAUUGAAUUAUGCAUAUAUAUAUAUAUAAUAUAGAAGGAAAACUAUUGCCAUAUGAAAGUGGUAAAACAAUUAUUGGUUCAGCAAGAGAUUAGUUAACAGUUUGUUUUAUUAAAAUUUUAUCCUAUUUCCAUGCACAGAAUCUUUGGUUGAAAGUGAGGUCCCUAGAAAUUUUUUGAAUUGUGUGUGCCUGCAUGUGUUAUAUAUAUAUAUAUAUAUAUAUAUAUAUAAAUGUAUGUGUAUGUUUAUACACAUCACACACAAUCUUUCUUUUAGACAAAAAUUUGUCCUAAAAUUUUUCUGAAGUUUUCUUAACUUUAAAAUGAACACUAAAUAAAUGCUUUAUAUGCAACAUCCCAUGUAAUCCUUGGCUUAGUCUCAACAAUUCUGAUUUUUGUACAGAUAUAUCUUGCAAUACUUAAACAUCAACUUCUUAA